UUUAAAGGCACGGCAAUUGGAAUAGAAAGCAUAAGCAGGAACGAGACAAUUUCUUCAUACGGAGGAAAGUUGAGACUUCUCGGAAACAUAAGCAAGAGCAAAAUCAUUUCUUGUAUUCAGACCAAAGCUGUGACUUUUCAGAUUAACAUUUGUUCAUCCCGCUAUCCACUCUUACUAAAUUAAUAUGGCGCAGUGUCGAAGUCAGAGCAAAAUCGACCAAGUCGCAUGGGAAGCGACCUCCUACUCAGCAAUUUCUACUUCUGACAGCGAAACCGAUAGUGAAUUGGAGCCCAAGACUUCGUCAAAAAGAUCAGAAGUUCAGAGACUGCUUCCUUGGUUCCUGCAUGUUGUGCUCAUUCUUGCGUACACAGCAGUCUACAUCCUAUCAGUUCAGCAUCGCACAAACGUUGAUUCCCUUGGGAUCCCGUAUGUGCAGAAAGUGUUUGAAGUAAACCCUCACCUUAACAAAUCUACCGCAAGGAUAUACACUGGGGAGCCAAGUAAUGAGUUGGAGGCAGCAUGGCACAAACUGAUGCGAUAUGCGAACAUACGGGUUCCCGAAGAAGAGAUUAUACGUCUUGAUCGAAUGGAAAAUUCUGUCCGGUUCACAGAUGGGUCAGGUUACUUCGGACAGAUGACCGUUUUCCAUCAUCUACACUGCAUUAAACGAAUUCACAAAUUCCUGAAUGUUGAACAUUACUGGCCAAACGCAACAGCCGAGGAACUGUUCCUUCUCCGCGCGCACAACUUUCACUGCUUGGAUACCCUUCGACAAGCUAUCAUGUGCCAUGGCGAUACUUCGCUUAUAACUUUCAAAUGGGGCACAAAGCAGCCAGUCCCUUCGGCGAACUGGUCCACUCCACACACCUGUCGCUCAUGGGAGGCCCUGGAAGAAUGGAAUAAAGAGAGAUAUGUAAACGUGUUCCAACCUGGACUCGUUGUUCAUCCUAAAUUUGGACCGGCUUAUGGGGCCCCUUCGGAGCGUGAAGGCACAGGAACUGUGAUAGAAUAAAGCCGUAGGAUGUAAAGCGUUCAUCAAAUAGCCUUCCAAGUUGAUCAGUUUCAUGUGCUGCUGCUACAUUACCUGUCAAUGGAAGUGAAGAGGACAAUUGCCAUCAUCCUCACUAGGUCGCCGGGACUAACAUAAUUUUCAGCAGUUGGAAGCUCACCUCAGAGGCAACGAGCUUCAUGCGACAAGCUUAAUCCUCGACAAAAAGAAUGGUCAAUCUAGAUUUUGAUGUAAUAAGUCAUCACCUUUUACUUUCUGUGCUGAGGCUGCUUUUCUCGAUGUGAUCUUGGCAUCA